AUGGUAGGUUUGGAAUUCCUAGACCUUUCUGAUAACAAUAUGUCGGGAACUAUUCCCAUGUCUUUGGAGAAACUCUAUAACCUGAAGUAUUUCAAUGUUUCUGUCAACAAGUUAUACGGUGAAAUACCCUCGGGGGGUCCUUUCAAGAACCUCUCGAGUGACUUUUUCAUCGACAAUGAAGCAUUGUGUGGUUCUUCAAGAUUUAAUGUCCCGCCAUGUCCCACUUCAUCAAAGCACAGAUCAAAUAGGAAAAAGUUGCUACUUUCAUUUCUUUUGCUCUCAAUUGCAGUUGUAUUUGUUCCUAUGACCUUUGUGCUCCUAUGGAUAAGGUAUAGAAGAGGUAAAAGUGUUCCUCAGCAAGCUGAUUUAUUGUCUACCAUAUCAAGAGAAAGGAUUUCAUACUAUGAACUUCUCCGAGCAACUAAUGAGCUUAGCGAGAGUAAUCAGAUUGGUUCUGGAAGUUUUGGCUCAGUUUACGAAGGCAUUCUCAGAAGUGGAACUGCCAUUGCAGUUAAAGUGUUCAACCUGCAACUGGAUGCAGCAUUCAAGACUUUUGAUACGGAAUGUGAAGUUUUCUGUAGCCUUCUCCAUAGGAAUCUCGUAAAAGUCAUUACUAGUUGUUCCAAUCUUGAUUUCAAGGCUUUAGUGCUCGAGUAUAUGCCUAAUGGAAGUCUUGAGAAGUAUUUGUAUUCGCACAACUACUUCCUUGACACCAAGAAGAGACUUAGCAUAAUGAUAGAUGUGGCAUGUGCUUUGGAAUGUCUUCACCGUGGGUGCUCGUUGCUUGUGAUUCACUGUGACGUGAAGCCUAGUAACGUCUUGCUGUAUGAAGACAUGGCUGCUCACCUAAGCGACUUUGACAUUGCAAAACUUCUUGGUGAAGAUGAGGAGUAUGGACUGGAUGGACUAGUGUCUACAAAGUGUGAUGUCUACAGUUAUGCGGUCUUGUUUCUGGAAACGUUUACUAGGAGAAAGCCUAAUGAGUUUGAGGGAGAUCUUAGCUUGAAGCAAUGGGUGAGUUAUUCACUUCCUGGAGCAGUAAUGGACGUCGUAGAUUCCAACUUGGUAACCCAAACGGGUAGUCGCUUACAGAUGGAGCUAGAUGUUGUGGGAUCAAUAAUGAAAGUGGCUAUAGAUUGUUGUGCUGAAUCUCCGGCAAGAAGGACUAACAUGAAAGAUGUUGUAGGGAUGCUACAGAAGAUCAAUAUUCAACUUCUUGCAUGCUAA